AUGGAAGGCUACAGCGCUUCCGAGGAUGCAGGACCAAGCUUUUGCAUCGGCCACCAUGAGGCAAAUCGUUCCAUUGCCGUUACCCCUCAGGUGAUCCAGAAGGUGCAUGAGAGUAAUUAUGAUAUGAUGACCGUUCCUAUUACGACACAGCAUUUCCACACUAGGGUUCUGGGAUUGCUUUCUUCGUACCUAUCCAAUGUUCCGUCUCCUACCUAUGAUUCUAUUGGAACUAUGGAAACUUCGCAGAAUACGAGACCUCUGACAGUCCCACCGCUUUCAAAGUUGGACUCGAACCUCACGCCUAAUGACGCGACAAGCCAGCUUGUUGGCGUUACCAGCAGCUGGAUUGAUCUAUGCUCACCGGAUCCAUUGAUUGCGGAUUUGUCUCGUCAGGUGCUCAUGCUGGAAGUGGCCUAUGCUGCCUUCUGUGGCAUCGGAUAUCUUCUGAUUCCUGGCCCUAAGCUCCACCAUGGCAGCUUGCACUCCGAAGGAGUAGUGUACUAUGCCCGUGCAAUUCAAGAUGCCUUAAACUUGGGAUCCUAUAUUCAAUUCCACAUCUGGCUUCCUAUGGUAGACAACCCCGAGCUUGAGCUUGAUACCAUGGGUGACCUGGCUCCAUUGGCACGAGAGGAUUUCCUUCAGCCUGAUGAUGGAGUUCCUCCGAAAUUGGAUUUAUUCGGAACCUGGGAUGCAUGGGAUUUGAUUCGAAAGACAUGUAAAUUCCAUGCUAGGCUGUUUGUUGCUCUUUCGAUGCCAAAACAGCUCCCACCUCUUUUCGUACAAUCGCGUUGGCAUUCUGAGCCGGUGCACUUGCUCACCAUUGACGCCUCGGCUUUUCUCAAGAAUCAGAAAGCAUAUCCUGUGUUGUCGAAGGCCCACCAGGCUUUGAUAGCCAAGCUUAUGCGUCUUCGAACACCUCCAUGGAUUCUCCUCUGUGGUGUCGGCCCGAUCCCAGGCUUUGAAGCUGAGGAUGAUGCUGAGACGAGUCGGUUAUCAGGCUCGGAUUACCCUAGCCUGUCACAGGUUGCUGGUAGCAACAAGAAGCACUUUGACCCCACGCCUCAUCUAUCCUAUUUACGGAACUUGCAGCAGCGACAGCCGCCACGUACCCCUAUUGAAAGAUUUGGCACCGGUUACCAGGAUUACCUCCAAGCGCCUCUGCAACCCCUCACAGUUAACUUGGAAAGUAUCACCUACGAGGUUUUUGAAAAAGAUCCAAUCAAGUACGAGUGGUACGAGAAGGCCAUUUGUAAGGCCCUGAAAGAUUGGGCAGAACAGAAGAAGCCUACCUCCCACCCGGAUGGCAAAGUCAUUCUGGCUGUUGUGGGCGCUGGUCGCGGACCUUUGGUGACAAGAGCAAUCAAGGCCAGUGCCGAAGCAGGAGUGGAGAUCGAUCUGUGGGUAGUCGAAAAGAACCAGAACGCAUUUGUUCUCUUGCAGCGACACAACGAAACCAUUUGGGAUGGCAAGGUUACGCUUGUCCAGUCAGACAUGCGCAGCUGGAAGGGUCCUCAGGUGCGAAAGCAGACUAUUGCGGGAGACAAUGAAAAUGUAGGAGAAUCUCUCGGGAUCCAAGACUCCCUUCUAUACACACCGAAAAAUGGUGAUAAUGACCCUGGCCGGACAACUGACUUCUCUGGCUCUAAGACUUCCGAGCUUUCGUACACCCAUGUCGACAUCGUGGUGUCGGAGCUUCUUGGCUCGUUUGCCGACAAUGAGCUGUCACCCGAGUGCUUGGAUGGUGUCAAUGAUCUCAUCAACCCAGUUCAUGGUAUCUCUAUUCCUGCCUCAUACUCAGCUCACUUUACUCCGGUUUCAGCCCCAAAGCUGCACUCGGAUGUCAUGAACCAGACAGUUUCCAACCCGGCAGCCCCAGAGACACCUUAUGUAGUCAUGCUUCACGCCAUCGACUUCUUGUCGACAACUGACUCCGAUUCUGCCAAUCAAAUUGCUGCCAACCGUUCCUCGGGCUCAGGCAAUAUCACAGCGGCGACAGAAUUCCCAACUCCCCUUGUCAAAACAGCCUGGUCUUUCUCUCAUCCAAAUCCAAAUAUCCCUGUCCAGUCCCCGUCUCAAUCCACCAUCUCGAAUGCGCACAACGUCCGUCAAACUCGCCUGUCUUUCCCUGCACAGAACCGCGGCACGUGCCACGGCCUGGCCGGGUACUUUGAGACAGUUCUGUACGGGGAUGUUGAGCUCUCCACUAACCCUGUGACCAUGGAAGAAAAAAGUGCCAGUAUGAUCAGCUGGUUCCCUAUUUACUUCCCACUGAAGACUCCACUUAACGUCCCUGAUAACGGUGAGAUCGUUGUCACCAUGUACCGCCAGACUGAUAACCGCAAAGUCUGGUAUGAAUGGAUGGUAGAAGUAUUUGCCCUUGAACGUACCUCCGCACCUCCCACCCGGGUUAGCACACCGGCUAUGAGCGGUGCUCGCCUGGGUUCUCCUAGUGCAGAGAGCCUUAAGGGCAAAGAAAACAACCCAGGACCUCGUGGCGGAGCCAAUCGAGCAGGGUAUCGUCGUGUGCGGGUGGGCUUGAGUGAAUUACACUCAAGCAUUAAAGAUGGGUGCUUGAUGUGA